GCUGCCGUCUCAUUCCGUAAAUAUCUGGUAUAUACUGCAGGCAAGCAAAAUCGUCGGGGACUGUAACACCGCAUAAGUACACACAAAAGCACGAUGGGUGGCGGGGCCAGUGGACAGAAAUCAAAGACGCACGAUGAUUCCGGGAAGAAACAGAACACGCAAAAAUCGAUGAGAUCGCAGGGGCUUGUGGACAGCUACAAGCAGGAUGUCUCGAAGGCGCUGGAGAAGUACCAGGUCCUCCGGGAUCUGGACGUCUUUGUGCUAGACAACUCCAUCCGUGAGAGCACCGUGGGGCAGCUGCGGGGCCACACCCUGGAGAGCAAGUGGCAGAUCUACGAGGAGGUCAAGAAGUGCGGCUUCAAGAACACCAUCGUUGCCUCCUUCUCGCACAUGACUCGCGUUGACGACAUCUUCAUCAAGGAACUGAAGGAGAAAGGGGAGGAUCCCGAAGGCCUGUGGGCUUUCUCUGAGAUCACUGAAGGUGCGAAAAACAGAGUACCAGACACGGAGAAUGUUCCCGUUGGCAUCCGAAAGCUGCAACCAGCCGGCCUGUACUCCGUGAUCUUCGAGGUGGAUCUGGGGGAUGGGGUCUACGACUUCGACAACUUCUCCAUCCAGGACCUGUGCGAGUUGCUCAACAAGUGGAACAACUGGUGCUUCGAGAACCUCAGCCCGAAGGCCAAGGUGAUGUACAGCUUCCGUGACCUGCCGGACACCAUGCCCGACCACUCCGACCGGGUGUUCGACGUGGUGUCCUACCUCGCCGACCUGCCGGCCGAUCGGCGUCCCUUCGGUUUGAUGUUCGAGGAGCCCCGAGGGAAGUCUCUGCCGGAGGAGUGUGGCAUGUGGGCCAAGUACAUCCGCAAAGUCAUGACUGAUCACGGCUGGAAGGGCCACCUGCUUGUUCACGUGCACGAGAAGUUCGGCUAUUGCGAUGCCACAGCUCUGCAUGUUCUCAUGGACGGUGCCGACGGUAUUUGGGCCAGUGUUUGCGCCGAGGGUGCCUCCAUGGGCAACGCCCCGUCCUGCGUCACCCUGAUAAAUCUCAUCCGCCUCGGCAACAAGAAGGUCCUGGACAAGUACAACUGCACCUACCUGAGAAAAGCCGCCAUCAAUGUGACCAAGAUCAGCACGGGAAAAGACCCACACAUCAAGCAGCCGGUCUUCGGUGCCCGAGCCACCGAUUUCGUCUUCGGUCUGAAGCCUGAGGAGUUCGACCUGGCCAGCUUCUUCGGAGAGAAGGCUCCCGUGCGAAUCACCACCAUGGCCAGCAAGGAGAUGAUCCAGGCGCGCUUGAUCAACCUCUUCGGGGAAGAUCCACAGUUCACGCUGGAGCUGGCGCAUGAGAUGAAGGAACUCAUUCUGGAAGACCUCCGAACUGGCAGACGGGAAGAAUACAUGAGCAUGUUGGGCCUGGCCAUGCUCUUCGACCGAGCCGGGGGCAGUCUCAACCAGCAAAUGAGAGACGCCAUGGACGAGUUCCAGCUCAAGGGACCGCACGCAGCGAACCUCCUGGCUGAGGUCCGUAAGAUCUGGGACGAGUGGGACCUCAAGGACAAGGUGCAGGGAGACGAGAUGCUGCAGUUCGACUCCUUCUACAACGGCUUCAUGGCGCCCUACUUCUCCUGCUACCGCUGCUCGGACACCAAGAAGGCUCUCGCAGCCAUUGACAUGGACGCAGACGGCUCCGUGGAUUGGAACGAGUUCGAGACCUACCUCAAGUGGGCCCUGCAUCAGUAUCCGAACAUCGCGGACGUGGAUGAGCUGUUGGACGUCACCUUCCAGAAGGGACUUAUCCCGGCUAUGCAGGAUGAGUUCCUGAAAAAGAAAUAAAGAUGGUGUCAUCUCUUACAUGGGCGUCGCGAGGAGGACAAGGAAAGAAAAAAAGAAGAUCAAAAAGAGGGAAACAAGGAAAAAAAAGGGGGCAAAAUCAUAUUGUUGUUAAUUUAAUGGGUUGGGGAGGGAGGGGUGUCUCUGCCCACCCUAGAACAAAUUAUCAAACGGUUAAAACGAUGAAAAAUAUAGGGAUUUUUGGGGAAAUGGGCUUUGCCCCUCUGGAAAAAAUCCUGGCGAUGCCCAUGAUCUCUAAGCGCACUCUUUCGUUUAUUCUACCUCAAUGUCAGGGUUUAUUUCAUAGGGUAAUGUAAGGGAUUGAUUUUCAAUGCAACACUUCGAAUAUUUAUAUUUUUUAGUGGUUUUUCCGUCGCGAGGAGGACAAGGAAAGAAAAAAGGAGAUCAAAAAGAGGGAA